GUGUGGUUCGGGUAUGCGUUCACAGUUGGUCACCUUGCAAUAAGGUAUGGUGGUCGCGUCGGGCGCAGGGCGAGAGUGGGCGACCUCAUAUAGCUUGCGCGGGAGGCGUUUCCUUUAUUUGUUGGUUGUUCGCUGCGUGAUAGUGACGUGAAUCUCGCGCAGGACAUCAUGCGUGCAUUGCUGAUAUUAACGCUGUGUGUCAUCACAGCAUACGCUCAAUAUAAUGACUCACCAGCGCCACCACGACUACAAAUUCCUGGAGCGAUUCCAGUAGGUCUGCCAAGACAAGGGGGAUUCAGACAGGGUCGCCUGCAGGCUGCUCCGGUGCCCGGCGGACCCACCAGGAUCCGCAGGCCGGGUCUAGCUAGGCCAUCCUUCAAAUCUGUAGAUGCUUCACCACGGCCAAACCUUCAAUCCCUUGAUGAGCCCGCGAAGCCGGUCACGGAAGAGCCGGAAGACGAAUUAGAAAUUAACACACCAACAGCUUUUUCACCCAACAUUAUCUUCUCCACACAAGAACCUCAAAAUGAUUUCUAUGACAUUACGACCACCUCUCAGCCCAAACCUCCAAUUGUAUAUAACCCUUCUCCUUACCCACAGUCAACACCAUCGACCAUUCGACAGCCACUUGAACCAAUCAAACCGACACAGUACAGACCGCUGUUGGCUCCCCAAGCCUUCAACCCAAUCAGAAACGAACCCAUCAACAAACCUCAGCCAGCGAGGCUACAACCUCUUUCAAGCAGACCACAGAGGCCCUCGUUCAGGCCUGAGCCUAAACCAUUCACUGAAGACGACGAGGCACCCAUUCAGCCUGUAAGACAGUAUUCACGACCACAGGAACCCAUAAACCGCGCACCGGUUAAAGCACCUCAACAAAAAUACACGCAGUCAAGCCAGAGAGAAAAGAAACCAGUAGCACAAAUCAUCCGUAAAUACAGAGAUGAGAACGAAGACGGCAGUAUCACCUGGGGAUUUGAAAAUGACGACGGAUCAUUCAAGGAGGAAACGAUCGGAGUUGAUUGCGUCACCCGAGGCAAAUAUGGUUACGUUGAUCCUGAUGGACUAAAACGUGAAUACAACUACGAAACUGGAAUUCCUUGUGACAAGGCCAAGGAAGAGCAAAAUGAGAAAGGUUUCGUAGACUAUCAGGAAAAUAAGGCUGUUUUACCUAAUGGCAUUACAAUUGAUCUCGCUAAUAUGGGCAAGAAAUCCAAGAGGCCAUUCAGAUCACCUGUAAAUCAUUAGUAUAUAAGAUUACAUUAAAAUAUAUUUAUUUUAGGAAAAUCUAAAUAUAAGGACAUUUUAGUUGUCUUGUCAUGUGAGUGUUAUCUUUGUCAUAACAUUUCAUAGACUUCGGGUGGUUUCACUUGUGCCUUGAAAAUAAAUGAGAGAAGGAAAUAAAUGAGAAUAUUUUUAAAUAAAAA